AUUGCACCUACCCAAGAUCACGGAUUACCCAACGCGCGUCUGUGACGAUAGCUCUCUUGAUAAGUGGCUCUAGGAGGCAUCUGGUCAGCGUGCAUCGUCGUCGUCAGGCUCCCGAAUUUCAGCUCCUCAAGUUCUCUUCAAGGCUUCGAGAUAGAUCAUACGAUCACUAUGCCAUACAAGCUUUCAGCGACACUCUUGAGUCACACGUCCGAUGUUCGUGCAGUGGCGUCGCCUUCUGAUAAUCUCAUUCUCUCUGCAUCUCGCGAUUCGAGCGCGAUUUCAUGGUCCAGGGUCUCAUCGUCCUCGUUUGCUCCCGCUUCCAUCCUACGAGCAGGGUCCAAGUUCGUAAAUGCGGUUGCUUACCUUCCCCCUACUCCGAGAGCUCCGAGAGGAUGUAUGGUCGUCGGUGGGCAAGAUAUGGUCGUCAAUAUUUUCGCCCUAGAUUCUUCGAAUAAGGACGACCCGGAAUAUACGCUUGUCGGGCAUAGCGACAAUGUCUGCACCCUCAAUGUUGGUCCGGAGGGCACCAUUAUCUCAGGAUCUUGGGACAAAACGGCCAAAGUUUGGAAAAAUUUCACUCUGCAGUAUGAUUUGAGAGGACACGGACAAUCUGUCUGGUCAGUACUAGCUAUCAGCGAAACCGAGUUUCUGACAGCGUCUGCGGAUAAAACGAUCAAAUUUUGGGACCAGCAUAAGGCGAUUCGGACCUACGAAGGUCACCGGGAUGCCGUCCGAGGGUUGGCAUUAGUGCCGGAUAUCGGUUUUGCUUCGUGUUCCAAUGAUAGCGAGGUACGGGUAUGGACGAUGGAAGGAGACACCGUGUAUUCGUUAACUGGACAUACGUCUUUCGUGUAUAGCUUGUCAGUUUUACCAAACGGCGAUCUGGUCUCUGCAGGAGAAGACCGUUCGGUGCGCGUUUGGCGUGAUGGAGAAUGCUCUCAGGUUCUCGUACACCCGGCUAUCUCAGUAUGGACAGUCUCGACUAUGCCAAACGGUGACAUUGUUAGCGGGUGUAGCGACGGUGUUAUUCGCGUCUUUAGUGAAUCCGAGGAGCGUUGGGCCAAUUCCGCAGAUCUUAAAGCAUUCGAAGACCAGGUUUCAAGGCAGUCUCUUCCAUCGCAGCAAGUUGGUGAUGUGAAGAAGAGCAAUUUGCCCGGGCAUGAAGCCCUCGCUGUCCCAGGUCGCAAAGCAGGAGAAGUGAAGAUGGUACGCAACGGUGACGUCGUGGAAGCGCACCAGUGGGACUCUUCGAGCUCCAGCUGGCAAAAGAUUGGUGAGGUUGUGGAUGCCGUUGGCUCAAGUCGCAAACAGCUAUACAACGGCAAGGAGUAUGACUACGUUUUCGAUGUAGACAUCCAAGAAGGCGCUCCUCCGUUGAAGUUGCCUGUGAACGUUUCCGAAAAUCCCUAUCUCGCCGCCCAACGCUUCCUCGAACAGAACGACUUAUCCUUGUCGUAUCUCGAUCAGGUAGUAAAAUUCAUAGAGCAAAACACUGCAGGGAUCAAACUCGGAGACGAUAGCAACUAUACCGACCCGUAUACUGGGACAACUAGGUACCAGCCGCCUGUGCGAUCCCAUGCAGACGCUGCAUCUUCGCCUUAUAUGGACCCUUACACUGGCGCGAACCGUUACACAGCGUCCCGUGCGAGUGCACCUCCGGAGUCACGGACUCUUAAAAUCAUCCCAUACUCCAAACCCUUAUCAUUUAAACAAGCAAAUAUACCAGCGAUGCAAGCCAAGAUGUAUCAAUUCGACGAAGCCCUUCGCAGUGAAAUGUCCACCGAGACCUUGGCAAUGCACCCGGAGGAACUGAAGAUGAUCGAAGAGGCGUUCACGUACCUUGUUCAAGCGUCUUCUCAAUCAUCUUCUCCGUCUACCACGCUUAGUUGGGCACACGCGGAGACGAUCACGCAAAUUUUAGACCGGUGGCCCAUGUCGCAAAGGUUUCCAGUUUUGGACCUUUGUCGUUUGAUAAUGGCGUAUCCUCUGAAUGCCCCUGCGACUCCCGGUUCUCGAGAAAAACUGUUUGAUUAUUUGUUCAAAGCCUGCGACUGGACAUCGGUAACCUUGGAAAGGAAGCCCAUGACCAAGACACAGGAAACAAGUGUACUACUGCUGUUUCGUACUAUUGCCAACUCUUUACUGGAAGAAACUCCUUUGCAUAACGGACAGUGGGUCACACAAGUUUUCAAGGCAUUGUCACAAGCUUCGCAGCUGCUUCUGACCAGAACUCAAAAAGUGGCCUUAGCAUCCAUUCUGUUCAAUUUUUCAUGCAUCGGCCUUAAGGGAUCUGUCCCUGCAGAUGCGAGAGCGUUGCACCUGUCUUUGAUAUCACAGUUGCUGCGGUCGCAAAAUGACGACCCAGAAGCUGCUUAUAGAACCUGUGUUGCUCUAGGAAAUGUUCUCUAUGCCACUAAAUCACUGAAAGUCCCACUGGAUAUACAGUCUUCGCAGCUAACGGACAUUAAAAAUGCUCUGGGUGCAAUCAAGUCUGCAUUCCCGGAUCAGCGUAUCGCCGACGUUUACAUGGACAUCGUGGCUCUUGUCUGACGAUCUGACCCGAUUUCUGUGAAAUCUGUGACGAGCUUCGUGCACAAUUUUCAGCAUUCACUCUGAUAGAAACUGUGGAUGGUAUCUUGGAAUCGGGUUCAGCUUGCUUAGAGGUGGUGAUUGAAGUGCUAGUAUCUACGCAAUAUGAAAAUACAGGGGAAGUUGAUGGUUCACUCCAUGCCAUAUGUCGAUGUCAGUAUGUGAUAAGUACGUCCGCGGGUAUGCGUCAAUAAAGAUCAAUCAGGCAGACGUCUCGAGCCUCUCCCCACACACCCAAGCAAGGUGAUUAAAAUGC